AUGGGUAACGGCGUCUUCCGACACAAUGGUUUCACCAACACGGUGACUACCAACAACCACAUCACCUCCCGUGGUAGUGAUUGGUACUGGACUGUCUGUGCGGUCAUGACUGUCUCGACCCUCGCCUUCAUGGCCCUGUCCUUCUUCAAGCAGCGAUCUCAGCGCCUGUUUUACUACCUCGCUGCGGGCCUCACCCUGGUCCCGGCCAUUUCGUACUUCUGCAUGGGAUCCAACUUGGGCUGGACUGCCAUCUUGGUUGAAUGGGUUCGCAGCGACCCCAAGGUUCACGGCGACAUGCGCCAGAUCUUCUAUGUCCGCUAUAUCGAUUACUUCAUCACCAUUCCUAUCUUGUUCACCUUGUUGUUGUUGAGCUGCGGUCUCCCCACCUCGACCCUCCUGUACACCCUGCUCAUGGGCGAGGUCUGGGUCAUCAUGGCUCUUGUUGGCGCCCUUGUCCACAGCGAAUACAAGUGGGGUUUCUUCACCUUCGGAGCUGUUGCGCUGUUCUUCGUCGGUUUCGCCAUCAUCUACGAGGGACGUGCCUAUGCCCGCACUCUCGGACAAGACAUCCUCCGUGUCUACACCGUCUGCUCCGCCUGGGUCGUUUCCCUCUGGAUCGUCUACCCCAUCAUCUGGGGUGUCUCAGAGGGUGGUAACGUCAUCGCUCCCGACUCUGAGGCUGUCUCUUAUGGUGUCUUGGAUAUCCUGAUCAAGCCUGUCACCGCUGCUUUCCUCAUCUGGGGCAUGCGCAAUGUCGAUAUGGAGCGUCUGGGCAUCCACAUCCGCGAUGUCAACUCCGCCCCCAGCGCUGCUGCUCACUCGGAGAAGGCUGCUGAGGCUGCUGCCGCCGGCGAGGGUGUCGCUCCCGCCCCUGCUCCCGAAGCCAGCGCCGUGUAA